AUGUUGCCGGAGGUCAUCGCCAAGCUCCCGACCUCAACCGAUCUCAUCACAGAUUUAUUUUCCACUGACGAUGUGGCAAACAUUGACGAAAGGAGGAAGGUCUUUGCCUCAGUUACUUUGGUGUUUAAGUUUAUAAUGGGCACAGCAGUCGUCAGAACGGGCGAGGGUGAUGUGCUGAACAUGCAGCCCCACCUUGAUGCCUAUCCUGGAAUCUUGGGAGUGCAGCAUCGAGGAAUGGAUCCUGAUUGGAAUGUUGCUGCAAUCAGCUGCCUAUGCAGAGGUGACGGCUUAGCGAGCUGGCAUUGCAAUGCAGAGGAGAGCGUCGCUCGCCUUCUGUCUCCGAAGUUCAAGAAGUUCCAGGCCUCCCGAGACGUGUUGUCGCGGAUCCUAACAACGCUUCUACGCGACCUGGCUCACGCCGCGUCCGCAUCUGCGGCCUCCGGCGCUGACCACGCGGAAUUGGCGGAGGAGGUGCUGCGAUACAUGCUACGGGGCCUGGUUGCAGCUGAUGCGCUCCACUGCAAUGCCGUGCUGGAUGUGUUCCAGCAGAGCUUCCAGUGGCAGAAAGCUUUGGAGAUGUUGAACACCAUGAAAGUGAUCGGUGUGCCUCCAGAUACCGCGAGCCUCAACACC